GGGUGGGCCGUUUCCACGCUGGGCCCUCUCAGCGGCCCGUCUCUCCCCAAAAAAGAGCAGAGAGCACAGAAACGAAAACGGAAACUUCGCAGCUCUCGUCUGCACCACCCUGCUUGCUUAUCAGAAGCGAGUGGUAGUCGCCUUCUUCCUUUUUCACCUGUCAUUUUCUCCCCAGUAAUCCUCACUAGAUUUUUUUACACAAUUCUCUCUCUCUCUCUGCGUGAGGGGUUUAGGGAACAGUAAAUGUGCAAUUGUUUUCUGCAUUACUGCUGAUUUUUUUUUUUUUUUAAAUUGCGAGAAGGUUGGCAGUUGAGCUUGUUUAGAAGUGAAUCUACUUAUAUAAUUAGAAUUCUUUGUGAAUUACGAGGUCGUUGUGAUUUUUUGGACAUUGGAGCUCUGUAGCGUGGGAGUUGUAAGUAUAAUUGGUUGAAUUUUGGAGAUCUAGGGUUGCUUUGGUUGAAGAUGGGAAGCUCGGAGGAGAGGGUGGUUGCUGUGAUCAUGGUGGGUGGACCAACUAAAGGUACACGAUUCCGACCGUUGUCUUUGAAUAUUCCGAAGCCACUUUUUCCUUUGGCAGGUCAGCCGAUGGUUCAUCAUCCAAUUUUUGCUUGUAAAAGGAUUCCAAACUUGGUACAGAUCUAUCUCAUUGGGUUCUAUGAGGAACGGGAAUUUGCAUUAUAUGUAUCCUCGAUAUCCAAUGAGCUUAGAGUCCCGGUCAGAUAUUUGAGAGAAGACAAGCCUCAUGGUUCUGCUGGUGGGAUUUAUAAUUUCAGUGAUCUGAUCAUGGAAGACAAUCCGUCACAUAUUUUCUUGCUGAAUUGUGACGUUUGCUGCAGUUUUCCACUGCCAGAUAUGCUUGAGGCUCACAGAAGAUAUGGUGGGAUGGGAACCAUCCUAGUGAUCAAGGUUUCUGCAGAGUCGGCAAGCCAGUUUGGGGAAUUGGUAGCUGAUCCAGUCACCAAUGAACUGUUGCAUUACACUGAGAAACCUGAAACUUUUGUAAGUGAUAGAAUAAACUGUGGUGUUUACAUAUUUACACCAGAUAUUUUUACUGCCAUCCAAGAUGUUUCCACACAGCGAAAAGACAGAGCAAAUCUGAGGCGUGUGUCCAGCUUCGAAGCCCUCCAGUCUGCAACAAGGAGUCUGUCUUCAGAUUUUGUGAGACUGGAUCAAGACAUUCUAUCACCUCUUGCAGGGAAGAAACAGUUGUAUACAUAUGAGACUAUGGACUUCUGGGAACAGAUUAAGACUCCUGGAAUGUCUUUGAAAUGUUCUGGCUUGUAUCUUUCUCAAUUUCGUUUCACCUCCCCUCACCUUUUGGCAAGCGGGGAUGGUACAAAGAGUGCUACUAUCAUUGGUGAUGUUUAUAUUCAUCCAUCUGCAAAAGUACAUCCAACUGCUAAGAUUGGUCCCAACGUCUCAAUUUCUGCGAAUGCUCGUAUAGGAGCAGGUGCAAGGCUCAUCAGUUGUAUUAUCCUUGAUGAUGUUGAAAUCCAGGAAAACGGGGUUGUUAUUCACGCAAUUGUUGGGUGGAAGUCUUCUAUUGGGAGAUGGUCCCGAGUUCAGGCUGGAGGAGAUCACCAUGCCAAACUCGGGGUUACAAUCCUUGGGGAAGCUGUGACUGUUGAGGAUGAAGUUGUGGUGAUCAACAGCAUUGUCCUCCCAAACAAGACACUCAAUGUCAGUGUUCAAGAAGAAAUAAUUCUCUAAGAAUGCAAGACCCAUACGCGACCUCUCUCUCUCUCUCUCUCUCUCACAUGUGCGAUAUAUCUGGUUGUGCCAUCUAAAAUAAACAAUAUUUUUGCCUUGCUGUCUUUUUGUAACUUGAUUUUUCUCAUUAAAAAUAAAUGAUUUAUUUUCCA